AUGCCGCCACCGCUCUCGCUAUCCUACACCACGAACUUCUGCACUCUCACUCGCAACCGCGCAGUCGAGCUCACCAUGGACCCGAGACAAUCAUACCUAUCCCUCUCCACUACCACCCCGCCGCAAUCGUGCGUCUCCACCCCCUCCGACUCCUCAACCUCAUCCGCGACGCCGCUCGGCCCCGAAGCCGCCACCACCAACAGCGGCACCGACAGCGUCAACAACGUCGACACCACCAACACCAACAGCGACAUGAGCUCCAACAGCCAGCUCAGCACCAACCUGCCCACCCACGGCCGUGCCAGCCCCCUCGCCAUCACAAUCCACGAGACGAAGUACACCACGCACACGGGCUACAUCGUCGACAUCGCGGCCCGCCCGGCGCUCGAGCUGUCCGCCAUGAAGGGCACCUUCCACUGGCGGGCGCUGGCGCUGGUGCGGCGCGCGAUCGAGUUCCACAUGGGGCUUCUGAGGGGCGAUGACGACAACGACGAGGAUGGCAUUGAUCGCGGCAUGAAGGAGAAGGCGAGGACGUUUGUGGAUGGAGUCGGGGAUAUCGUUGUGGGGAGGUUGGGCGGCGAGAUUCUGAUCGCUCCGGCGCAGCUGCUGCGGCUCAAGGCCGUCAUCAACUACCUCACCCCCGACAACCUCCUCGCCACCAUGGCGUGGAUUGAGAGCCACGAGAUGGCGCGUGUGGCGGUCGGCUUGGAGACGGGGAACUUGGGGAUGAACCAGCAGUGGUGUGGUAACUGCGCGCGGCUGUUCUACAUUGCGGCUGGCGAUGGCGGCAGGAUCAGCCCUGGAGCUUUUGCGAAGGACCCCAUGGGCAUUAAGGAGUGUGGCCAUGUUAUGUGUAAGGGCUGUGUCGUCAACUGGCUCCAUGAUGUUACGGCGAAGGGCAGGAAGGGCACCCAGCCUUGUUGCGUCCGCUUUCGGGCGUUUGACGAGGCGACUUUCUAA